AUGGCCGCCAAAGCGUCCCUCCUCUUACUACUCCUCUCCCUCUCCCUCGCCAUUUCGCUCGCCAAACCCGACAGCCGCCGAUUCUCCCGAACUCUGCGCCCGCAGAAACUGGGGAAGGAGAAAUUGAGCCACUUCCGGAUCUACUUCCACGACAUCGUCAGCGGCCGCAACCCCACCGCCGUCCGCGUGGCACAGGCCGCCACCACCAACAUCUCCCGCACGGCGUUCGGGAUGGUGACGAUGAUGGACAACCCGCUGACCGUGGGCCCCCGAUUGAGCUCCAAGCUCGUGGGCCGGGCCCAGGGGAUCUACGCCUCGGCCUCCCAGACCGAGCUCAGCUUCCUGAUGGUGCUCAACUUCGCAUCGGAAACCCAGCCUUCACCGGUUGGGGAGGAAGGAGGAAGAAGGGUUGGGUAG